AUGCGCGCUCCUGUUUUGAUUUUAUUACUUUUUAUUUCAUCAAAUUUCGGCUUUCCUUCUACCGAAAAUGAUAAAUGGCAUCCCGAUCUCAAACCUUUUGAAAUUGCAAAACAACUCGAAAAAGAGUUAGAUCCAAAUUAUUGGCGGGAAAAUGCUCAAAAAACCGUCAAAACUCAUUCGGAGCAAAAAUCCAACAAAAAAAUUGCGAAAAAUAUAAUUUUCUUCAUGGGAGAUGGAAUGUCAGUAACAACAAUUUCCGCAGCUCGUUCAUAUCUCGACACAACAAUGGCUUCCUCAUUAACUUUCGAAGACUUUCCUUACACGGGAAUGGCGAAAAAUUAUUGUGUCAAUAAACAAACCGCAGAUUCAGCUUGCACAGCAACCGCUUAUUUCACAGGAGUCAAAACCAACUAUGAUAUGAUCGGAGUAACAGCGAAUGUUGAGUUCAAAGAUUGCGAAGCAGGUCAAGUGAAGGAGAAUCAAACGCCAUCUAUCGCUAAAUGGGCAUUAGAUGCGGGAAAAGGAGUUGGUUUUGUCACAACUUCGCCUGUAACGGAUGCAUCUCCCGUUGGAUUGUACGGACAUACGAGCAAUAGAAAUUGGGAGUGUGACGUUGAUGUAACGAAAGAUGGAUGUGAUCCUUCUAAAACGCCCGAUAUUGCGAAACAACUCAUCAGAGGGGAUGUUGGAUCACAAUUGAAAGUCAUUAUGGGAGGAGGAAGAAAGGAAUUUCGACCAAAUACGACGGAAGAUGAAGAAGAAAAGGAGUCUUAUGGACGACGACAAGACGGUUUGGAUCUAAUUGAGGAAUGGAAAAAGGCAAAAGGAGACAAAGGAACGUUCGUUUGGAACAAAAAACAACUUCAAAACGUUGAUCCGACAAAAACUGACUUCGUUUUAGGAUUAUUCGAGUACGGGCGCAUGAAAUAUAACUUGGAGAACGUUGCUGAAGGAGAUUUACUUCACGAACCUUCGUUAUCUGACAUGACAUCAGCUGCUCUCGACAUUCUCAAUAACGGAAAAGACGAAGGUUUCUUCCUUUUCGUUGAAGGAGGUUUGAUUGACGAUGCUCAUCAUGCCGCUCAUGCCAAUAUUGCACUUGAUGAAACCACGGAAUUAUCAAAAGCAGUAAAAGUAGCACUCUCUAAAGUCAAUUUGGAUGAAACUUUGAUAGUUGUAACAGCAGAUCAUGCUCAUACAAUGUCAUUUUCGGGAUAUCCAACGCGAACGGCAAAUAUUUUAGGUACACUUGGUACAAAAGCGGAUGAUGGUUUCGAUCAGAUGAUAUUGAAUUAUGCAAACGGGAAAGGAUAUGAACUUCAUUACGAUGAAAAAACGGGAAAGAGAGUCGAUCCAAGCACUUUUACGCAUCAUUUCAAACUUCCGUAUCCAACGACAGUUCAUCGGAGCUCAGAAACGCAUGGCGGAGAAGAUGUUUCUGUUUACGCGAUGGGACCAUGGGCACAUCUCUUCAGCGGAAAUUAUGAACAAAAUGCGAUCGCACAUUUUAUGGCUCAUGCUGCUUGUAUUGGGCCCGGAACAUGGACUUGUAUGAACGAAGAAGAUUAGAAAUUUCAGUUUUUAUGCUUGGUUUGAAUUAAUUGGUAAAGAUUUUUAGCUUCAUUGAUUCUCCAAAGCCUGAAAAAUAGAAAAAAAAUUAAUUAUUGUAUCAACAAAAGAUCAAAAAAUACCUUUUUAAAAAAUUUAGAUGUUACAUGUUUUUUUUCUGUUCACUCGUUGACUAAUUUAUCUCGACAAAAUGAUUUAUGUCGAAAAAUUAUCAUUUAAAUGAUCGUCAUCUAUUUAGUUUUAGUUACUUUUUUGUCUCGUUCGCUGCCAUUCACUUCGAGUGACCAUCGAAUUCCUCACGAAACGGAGAUAAAAAUCGCCAUUAAUGGUCAUCCUAAUGAGAUGAAACGCACGAAAGACACCAAACGAGAUCAAGAUCGUGAUAAAAAUUGAUAUAUUAUCAAAACAAAAAUGUUCAGGUAGGAGUCUUCUUUAAAAAAAAAUACACAAAAAAUUGUAUCAUGAAUAAAAUAAAAAUUAUAAUAAAAAACAAGAGAA